AAAAGCCGCCUAUCAAUCGGGACCUGGCCGCAGUGUACUCGUGGCUGGCACGGCAGCAAGUUGCCUCUUUUGCUGGGUUGGUAAGGUUUUCCCGUUUAGUGAUAGAGAUCGGCGAGGCGUGUGGUUUUGUGCGUGAUGGAUCUUCUUCGUGCCGUGGUGUUGGCCGCCCUGGCCGUGGGAAUGGUGACGAGUGGGCCGGUAAAUGAUGUGAGGAGUGGACCGAUAAUUAUCGAUGCUCAAUUAGCAGCAGCAGCAAAGGAAGGUCGUUUGAUGUACGACGGUGGUGCGGUGCAAGCAGAUGAUGGCCAGGUAGCAAACACUCCAGAAAUAGGGUUUGACGAUACACCUAGCACGACUACUGAGGAGAUUCCUACGACAACUGAGGAAAUUACUACGACCGUCGACCCAACAACGACUCUUGAGCAAACUACUACGACAGCACAGCCAACUACGACUCUGGAGCCGACAACCACGACAUCAGAGCCAACAACAACUACUGAGCCAGUUACUACAACAAAUGAGCCAACUACAACAACUGAGCUAACUACUACUACUGCUGAGCAGACUACCACGACAACAGAGCCAACUACAACUACUGAGCUAACUACUACGACUUCUGAGCAGACUACCACGACAAUAGAGUCAACUACAACAACUGAGCCAACUACUACUACCACUGCCGAGCAGACAACCACGUCCGUGCAGGCUCCUACCACCACAACGGAGGAGGCCACAACUACGACCGCCCAGCCUGCCACGACUACCACAGCUGAACCGACAACGACUGUCGCGCAAACUACUACCACCGCCGAGCCUACUACGACGUCUACAGAAGCGGCUCCGUCCACGACGACCACUGCAGCCAGCACGACAUCGACCACAUCCGAGCCAUCGUCGACGACUACCGACGCGCCGGUAACCGAUGCACCGACCACUACCACGCUCGAACCGGAAACGACAACGCAGGGCGCCAGCUCGGUUGCAUCCUUCGGCGCCGCACUGCUGACUGCCGUUGCGCUAGCGAACGCGCUACGACUGCACUAGUGGCGUGGCGGUUUCCAGGCGUGCAAGUGUGUGUAGUGUAAACAGUGUGCGAAUACCGUCAGAUAUGUAUAGUGAGUGUGUGUUCUUUCUGUUUUUUUUAAAUGGUUUGCUUAAAACAGACUAGAUCAGCAAAAUAGUUAUAGCAAAGUUUGGUGUCGUAUCAAAGAGUAUGACUUUGAAUAGAUUUGCUCUUGCGAAGAGUGCGCUUUAGUUGUACACGUGUGCGGAUGAAGGUGGAAUGACGUACAAAUACAGCGCUUUAAAGCCAAAUAUUGUAAUAUAAUACAACGAAAAGACAAAUAAACGCGUUUGUUUGCCGUAUCUCAUACCAGA